AUGGUGCUGUGCUACCGCUCACGUGACGUUCUCCUGGUGAGUGUGGGUCUUGCGGAUUCGGUCACUGAUUGUGGCAACCCUCGAGUGGUGCGGGCUUGGCAACGUGGGACACCGUUGGCAGCUGCGAAAGUGACAUUCACAGGCGAAUCGGAGGACCGCAUUGUUUUCGGCUACGCAGUGCGUGAGCGCGGUGGCAGCAAUUUCGAAGUGGUCUGUCGCGCCGUCAGCUUCUACGAGGCGGAGCGCCGCAUCAGCCUCGACCAGGGGAGAUCUUUCUCAAGGCUUCCUGCUCCAGCAGACGCCGAGCUGCUCUUCUUCGGCGAACACAUACUGCUGAGGCUGGGGAGCGACUUCUCGGUGCCAGGAGCACCCCGCCCCUUCCGUGCUGGCUCGCUGCUAGCGGCGCCCGCCCGAGAGGCACUGGCCGGAGAGCAGGGCUGCUGGGCGCCCCUCUGGGAGCCCCAGGACGAGCAGGCACCGGGCGCCGAGCCAGGGCGGGGGACCCCGCGCUCGACCAUGCUGCAGCACGUGGCGGCCACACGCGACUUCUUGGUCCUCGUCGUGCUCUCUAGGGUCCGCUCGAGCCUGGUAGUUUUCAGGUAUCCCGAAGCUCGAGGCGGGUCGUGGGACCGAGUGACUCCGUGCGAGGCUGGAGGUGGCGCCAUCGCCAGCUUGAGUGUGCGGCCGGUUGACCCCCGCGGCUCGAACGCGCUCUGGGUCGGCCGGGCUUCCUACACGGAGCCGCCCGCGCUGUUCCUCGUGCAGGACGUGGGAGCCUGGGCGGCCGCGGGGUGCCCCUGGGGCUCCUCCGGCAGCGAGCCGCCAGCAGCAGGGGAGCCUGCACGCCUCAUGCGAAGGGUGAAGCAGUUGUGGCCUCAGUUCGAGGCCUCGGGCAUGACCACGACGCAGCUCGAGGCCACUUCGAGGGACGGCACCCAGGUGCCCUACUUCGUGACGCGAGGCCCUGGGCACGCGUCGGCGGGUGGCCCCACGCUGCUCUACGCGUACGGCGGCUUCGACCUCCCCGUCCUGCCCAGGUACCAGGGCUCCGUGGGGGUCGCUUGGCUGGAGAGGGGCGGCGCGUACGUCGAGGCAAACAUCCGCGGCGGCGGCGAGUUCGGCCCAGCCUGGAGCCGCGCGGCCCGGAAGGGAGGGCGGCUGCGGGCCUACGAGGACCUCGAGGCCGUGGCGGACGACCUCCGCCGCCGGGGCCUCGCGGCGCCUCGGCGCCGCGGGCUCUUCGGGCGGUCGAACGGCGGGCUCCUGGUGGGCAACAUGCUCGCGCGCUCGCCCGAGCGCUUCGGGGCGCUGGUGGCCGAGGUUCCCCUGCUGGACAUGAAGAUUUACCACAGGCUUCUCGCAGGCGCGGGCUGGAUGGAGGAGUACGGCGACCCCGACAAGCCCUCAGAGUGGGCAGAGCUGCGGCGCAUCUCGCCGUAUCACCUGUUGGCCGACUGUGCACACGGCCAGAAGCUGCCGCCAGUGCUGUUCACGACUUCCACCCGCGAUGACCGGGUACACCCUUGCCAUGCGAGGAAGAUGGUGCGCCGCCUUCAGGAGGAACUGCCUGGCUUGUGCGACGCGUAUUUGUUUGAGUCCGCGGAAGGAGGACAUUCUGGCGCUGCUUCGAUCGGAGGUCGGGCUUUUCUGCGGGCCUUGGAGUACGACUUUUUGUGGAGGCGCCUCGCUUCUGGGUAA